GAAGUACUAGUGACUUUUCUAAUAAGAAGACCAAAGAACAAUUCUAAAACUCAUGACAUAUUAUUGUCAGUUGAUCUCCUUACUAAAAGAAAAUGGAUGGCAUGAUUAAGAUCUAAUCAUGACUGUUGUUGGUUAUACACAAUUUAUACAAUAAUCAAAGUUCAAAACAGCUGAAGUUAUUAUAAUUCACACCCAGCCAGAUCCAAACACAAUCAAAGUCUUAUCCUACGCAUAAUACCUCACUACUCUGCUAAAACACGCCCCUACCAAUUACAAAUUUCUUCUGUAACCGUUUUUUUUUUUUGGGUUGAACACACUAACCUCACCACUCACAUGAAAGUUCCAUUUUCUUCUUCUUCAACCUUUUCGAAACCUCUCUGAAAAAAUCAAUGGCGAGGAGUCACCGGUUUAGCUACCGGUUACUCUUUCUCAUCCUACUAACAUUAGAAACGGCACAACGUCCAACAACAGCCGAUCCAAACGACGAGGCGUGUUUAAAAAACCUCCGUGAAAGCUUACAAGACCCGGCGAGCAACCUCCGUAACUGGACGAACUCCGUCUUCACAAACCCAUGCUCCGGCUUCACCUCAUACCUCCCCGGAGCUACCUGCAACAACGGAAGAAUCUACAAACUCUCCCUAACCAACCUCUCCCUCCGCGGCACCAUCUCUCCCUUUCUCUCCAACUGCACAAACCUCCAGUCCUUAGAUCUAUCCUCAAACCAGAUCUCCGGCGUUAUCCCGCCGGAGAUUCAGUACCUCGUCAACCUCGCCGUCCUUAACCUCUCGUCAAACCAACUCUCCGGCGAAAUCACGCCGCAGCUCGCUCUCUGCGCUUACUUAAACGUGAUCGAUCUCCACGACAACCAGCUCUCCGGUUCGAUUCCUCAGCAGCUAGGUUUGUUAGCGAGGCUGUCCGCGUUCGACGUUUCGAACAACAAACUCUCCGGUCAGAUCCCGACGUACCUGUCGAACCGAACCGGGAGCUUCCCUAGGUUUAACGCGAGCUCGUUCGUAGGGAACAAGGGACUGUACGGUUACCCGUUGCAGGAGAUGAUGAUGAAAAGUAGAGGCUUGUCUGUGAUGGCCAUCGUUGGGAUUGGGUUAGGGAGUGGCGUGGCGAGUUUGAUGAUUAGUUUUACUGGUGUUUGUUUAUGGCUGAGGAUUACUGAGAAGAAGAUGGUUGAGGAAGAAGGUAAGAUUAGUCAAUCUAUGCCUGAUUACUAAACUAAUUACUAUUUACUUACGGCCAAGAUUACUAAAAACAUUUUUCAUUUGUUGAGUUUUAUUUUAUUUUUCGUUUACUAUAUACUCCCUCUGUCUCAUGUUUAGGAUUUUAUACACACAUUUAAGACAAGGGGAAUAUAUGAUUAAUUUUGUUUGCUGAUGAUUUUUUUAUUUUAUUUAUGACUUUCUAUGAUUUAUUUUUCUGAUACUUUUUCACUUUCUCACUUUCCCACUCCAUACAUUCUACAACAUCAAUAAUUAUUAAAACAAAAAUUUAUUAAAAA